CGCUGAGAGCUGCUCAGGGAAAGAGAAGAGCGCAUCCAUUACGCACUGGGAACAUUUAUUACACUUUAAGUGGCAAGGUGUUUUGCAGGACUUUUUUUUCCAUUCUCAAAAUUAACUCGGACUGAUAUAUUGCUGACAUUGCUUUGAGGUGCAAAAAUGAGGGAAACAUGGUGGCUCUUGUUGUUGCUUUCUUUGACAAGCCUGGCAGCCGUCACAAAGACAAAGACGGUCAAGUAUCAAACCUUCGAGGAAGACGCCCCGGGCACAGUGAUCGGUAACUUGGCCAAGGACAUCUCUUCUGCCUCUGCAUACUCCUCUGUAGGGUCCCGGUCCAGUUUCAGGAUGAUGAAACAGUUCAACUCCUCUUUCAUCCGUCUGAGGGAGAGCGACGGGCAGCUGAGCAUCGGGGAGCGGAUAGACAGGGAGCGCAUCUGCAAACACACCCUGCAAUGCCUCGUCUCUUUCGACGUGGUAAGUUUCUCCAAGGAGCAGUUCAAGCUCAUCCACGUUGAGGUGGAGGUCAAGGACAUCAACGACAACUCCCCGGUGUUCCCUCGUAAAGAGUCGACUAUGGACAUCUCGGAAAACACCGCCGUGGGGACGCGCAUCCCCCUGGACUUUGCCGUGGAUGAGGACGUCGGGGUGAACUACAUUCAAAGCUAUCAGAUCUCAGUCAACAGUCACUUUUCCAUCGACGUGCUGAGCAGGGCUGAUGGGGUUAAAUAUGCAGAGCUGGUGCUCAUGAAAGAGUUAGACCGCGAGACUCAGGCUUCUUACGCGCUGGAAUUGGUCGCUAUGGAUGGCGGGAACCCGUCCCGCUCGGGAACCACGCGCGUCAACAUCAAGGUGAAAGAUUACAAUGACAAUAGCCCCGUUUUUGACCAGAACAGCUUCUCCGUGGACUUGCCAGAAGACGCUCCCGUGGGCACUCUGCUGCUGGACCUGAAUGCAGAGGACCCAGACGAAGGGCUGAACGGCGAGGUGGUGUACGGCUUUGGGAACCAGGUGCCCUUAGAGAUCCGCCAACUCUUCAAAGUGGACAGAAAAAGCGGCAGGCUCACCCUGGAAAGCCCCAUUGACUUUGAAAGUAAGAACACGUACGAGUUUGAUGUCCAGGCCGCCGACUUGGGUCCGAACCCCAGCCCGGCCAUUUGCAAGAUUGUCGUUCAGGUGCAAGACGUUAACGACAACGCGCCCGAGAUCUCCAUCACCCCCAUGACAUCCAUCACCGCGGGGAUCGCCUACAUCACCGAGGCAGCGGCCAGGGAGAGUUUUGUGGCGCUGGUCAGUACCUCGGACAGAGAUUCCGGAGCCAACGGGCAAGUGCACUGCACCCUCUACGGACACGACCACUUCAGACUGCAGCAAGCCUACGAGGACAGCUUCAUGAUCGUUAGCACCAGCCCGUUAGACCGCGAGAAAAUUCCCGAGUACAACCUGACGGUGGUGGCUGAGGACCUGGGUUCUCCUCCCUUCAGAACCAUCACUCAGUACACCAUCCGGCUCACGGACGAGAACGACAACGCGCCGGUGUUCAGUAAGCCCGUGUACGAAGUGGCCGUGGUGGAGAACAACGCGCCUGGUGCGUACGUCACCACAGUGGUGGCGCGGGACGUGGAUAUGGGGCCCAACGGAAAGGUCACCUACAAAUUAGCGGACACCUACUUCAUGGGCUCCCCGAUUUCCACAUUUGUGUCGCUGGACCCCGCCAGUGGGUCACUUUACGCGUUGCGGAGCUUCAACUACGAAGUGAUGAAGCAACUGGAGCUGCGAAUCACAGCCAACGACGGUGGCUCCCCGCCCCUGUCUGGAAGCGCCAAUGUUUUCCUGAGGGUGGUGGACCAGAACGACAAUGCACCGGCCAUCACCCACCCGGUACUCAACAACAGCUCGGCCGAGGUCCUCUUGCCCCGGGACGCGCCGAGUGGCUACGUCAUCACGCGUGUGGAAGCCCGAGAUGCGGACGAAGGCGUCAACUCAGAGCUUUCCUUCGGUUUGGCCACCGGUGAACCGUCCGUGUUCUCCGUCAACAAGGUCACGGGGGACAUCUACCUGAACCGAUUGCUCAGCCACGACGUGGACGAUACCUUGAGCGUGACGGUGACGGUGAGCGACAACGGCAGGCCGGCGCUCACCUCCACCGCCACGCUGCAUUUCCUCAUCAUCGCCGGGUCCCCGCCGAGCGACCGCACCGUGUACCAGGCGGGCGGCGGGGGUGUCGCGUCGGCGCAGUGGGACCUGUCUGUGGUCAUCAUCGUCGUAUUGGCGGGGAGCUGCACACUCCUGCUGCUCGCCAUCAUCCUCAUCGCCACCACCUGCAACCGCCACAGAGGAGACAAGAGUGGCGAGGACAGCGACUCGUAUGGAGAGAAAAGUACUUUGGAGCGCGCCAGGAACCACGUGGCCGGAAACCCGCUUCUCCCCAUGCACGCGGCCGCCUCCGCGGGAUCAGUGACCUUCGAGGGGCACUCGUACAACAGUGAGGCCCACGUCGGGGGUAGCGACAUGUGCUCGGCCUCAGAGGACGGCAGCGAGGUCCCCUGCGUUUACGACUCAGACACAAACAACAAGCCAAGAGGGAAUAAACAUGAGGGAUACUCGACAUUGCCUGGCUAUGGGAACGCAAAGGAGGCCGUGAGGCCAAUCACCAUCUGGAAGGGUAACUCUUACACCACCAUCUCCGCCAGGGACCCUGCCUUCAGUGGCAAAGACAGCGGAAAGGGGGACAGUGACUUCAAUGACAGUGACAGUGAUGUGAGCGGAGACACUGGCUUGAAGAAAGAUGGCGCAUCUGUUCCCCCGAUGGCUGGCCAAAAUGCUUUAUGGGCUUGCACCAGCGAGUGUAAGGUUCUGGGUCAUUCGGAUCGCUGUUGGAGCCCCUCAGCAGUGAGAGCCAACGCAGCCCCGUCACCCGCCCCGACUGUUUCGUCCUUCACCAGCCACUCCAAGACAGCUUCCUUGCCUCGGGACCCCCACCGAAAGGACAACUACUACCAAGCGCACAUCCCCAAAACUGUAGGCCUGCAGAGCGUGUAUGAGAAGGUGCUGGACAGGGAGUAUGACUAUGUCAUGAUCACCCCCACGAGGCCGGUGAGGGUCCAGGAGGUGUGCAGUGAUGUCACUAUCCCCGUAUACACACCCAGUCCGACACACUGUAACAAAAAUGAUGCGUGAAAAGCAGAAAUAUAUUAUAUUCCAAAAUAUUUAAUUUAUGAUCCCGUGACAAAAAGAGGUGUAAAAAUCUCUCUGUGGCCAUAUAUCCUAUAAUGUUUGUGCAUCUUUGUUUAAUGUAAAAAAAACAAAAAAAAAAAAACAAAUUCAAUCACUUUUCAGAUUUUCCUCUGUUUGAAAUGAACUGUAUUAUAUGUAAGUUUUGUACAUAGAGAUUUUAUUUUUGAUAAAAGCCAUAAUUAAGCGGACAUGUGUAAAUACAGAUCUUUAAGCAUGCUUCUAUUUAAACUGUCCGGGUACUGUUUGGAUGGAGGGAGGGAUCCAACAUUAUGAAUCCAAUUGAUAAUAAUGUGUGAAAUGGUUUGAAUGUAAUCUGAAAUACUUGUACAGAUUUUGUAUUAUCACAAUGUUGUGACAUUAAAUAAACUUUGAAAUACCGCACUA